CGCAGUUACUCGGCUACCUUCAAAGGCGGUCUCGGCUAUGAUUGGCCCGUUCGCCGCUCUUCUACCAAGUUCGACAGCCCGGGCCGACGCUCUCCGGGCAAUUUCUACGCUGCACCUGGUCCGUUCUCCCAUUCUUUUUUCCUCUCUUGAAAAAUUUCAUCGUCUUCCUCUUCCACCCUCCACCUCCCCCUCUCCUCCUCUUAUAUCACACUAUUUGCUCCCCUCGAUUGAAUCGACUGGAGUACCUAUCUCUUUUUAUCUUUUCCCCCUCUUGUAUUAAUUACGUUUAAUGACGAUGCUUUCUUCCCGCUUCUGCCGCGCGGUAAGUUCGAUACUUCACCUGUGAACAAACCAGACAGAAGACUAAU